AGAACUCUCUCGGAGCUGCUGAAGGUUCUCGUGCUGAAAAGUUGCUUUCGAAACUUACCGAAAUGAAAGUGUUGGUUUUGCUGUGCGCUCUCUUCCUUGGGUGCUUCCUCUUCGUCAGUUCGUAUCCACUGGAGGAAGUCAACAGCGGAAAUGCAGUGCCUGAAGGUCAAGAUUGGCUGCUUGAAGCACUUCAAGACGAGGAUACGAAUCUUCGCUUGAAAAGAUCACCUUAUGGAUAUGGAGGAGGACAUCAUCACCACCAUCACCACGGCCACCAUCAUCAUGGGCAUCAUCAUCAUCAUGGGCACCAUCAUCACCAUGGAUGGGGCCAUCAUCGUGGACAUCAUCAUCACCAUCACCACCAUCAUGGAUACUACGGAUAGAGAGUUUUUCUGCAAGAGUUCCCAUGCUUUGAAUCAAUGUUGUUUGUUUUCCUAUAAAUAAAUCGG